AUGCAGACAACAGUCAUUGAAGGAAUAGAGCUAGGACCGAUUAGCCAGGAUAUCAUGAAAAACCAGGCAACAGUCAACAUAGGAAUGAUUGGGCAUGUGGCCCACGGAAAGUCAACCAUUGUCAGAGCAAUCAGUGGUGUGAAAACAGUAAGAUUUAAAAGUGAAUUAGAAAGAAACAUAACCAUUAAGCUGGGAUAUGCAAAUGCAAAGAUAUAUAAAUGCACUGGAGGAAUAUGUAAAAGGCCAGAGUGUUACAUCUCCACAUCUAGCACCCAGAAACCGCCAAAGUCCUGCAAAACAAAGAGCUGUACAGGAACCAUUACACUGGAAAGGCACGUUUCAUUUGUAGACUGUCCUGGGCACGAAGUGCUUAUGGACACAAUGCUCACCGGGGCAGCAAUUAUGGAUGCUGCCAUACUGAUUAUAGCAGCAAACGAGCAAUGUCCACAGCCACAGACUAUAGAGCACCUUAACGCAAUAGAUGUAGUAGAUCUUAACAGAGUAAUAAUACUCCAGAAUAAAAUAGAUCUUCUAUCAAGAGAGCAGGCAUUAGAAAAUCACGACCAAAUUGAAGACUUCAUAAAAGAUUCAACAGUGAGCCAGGCACCCAUUAUACCCACAUCAGCCCAGAUUGGCUGCAAUCUUGAUGCAAUUCUGGACUACAUUGUUAACUACAUCCCAGUGCCGCAGAGAGAGUAUGAUAGACCACCACAAGUGCAAGUAAUUAGAUCAUUUGAUAUAAACAAGCCAGGAUGCAAGCCAUCAGAUUAUAAAGGAGGUGUUAUUGGAGGGUGUCUAACCAGCGGGUACAUACAGGCUGGAGAAGAAUUAGAAAUAAGACCAGGUGUACUAGAGAAAGUCAAGGGAAAGCUAGUAUGUAAGCCAGUCAGAACAAAAAUUGUCUCUCUUUUUGCAGAGUCAAAUGUCCUUAAAGUAGCCGUUCCAGGAGGGCUCGUGGGAAUUGGAACUGAAUUAGACCCAUUCUUCUGUAGAGGAGAUAAAUUAGUUGGGCAAGUUCUGGGAAGGCCCGGAACCCUCCCUGAGGUAUACAGAGAGCUAAGCAUAACUUACCAUUUAUUUGAAAAACUCACUGCACAGAUGCCCGCACUGGGCAAGCCGCUCGCAAUAAAGGAACAGCUCUUAAUAAACAUAGGCAGCAGUUCUAGCCGUAUUCAAAUAACUGCGGCAUCAAAAGAUACCGCCUCAUUCAUUUUAGCCACCCCAAUAUGCGCAGAAAUAGGCGCCACACUAAGCAUCUCACGAAAACUUAGCGGGCACUGGAGGCUCAUUGGAGCAGGCAAAAUAGAGAAAGGAACAAGCAUUCCAAUUCUGGAAGAGUAGUUAUUUAUAUAUUUGGGAUAGCAUAGAAUCACAGUCACUAAUAAGAUGGUCUAAAGAUGCCUUAACAAAUUCAAUAGGCCGAUCUUCUGACUUCUCAACAACCACCUUCACCUUUAGAAUAUUCUGCAGUGGAUGCGGUAUUUUAUACGCAGAAAAAGAAACAUCCUUUUCUUUUUGCAGUUCAGAUGCUAGCGCAUUUCCAAUUGUAUGAUCUUCAUCUCUUAUGCUGAUUUCUAUGGAGUUGGACAGCUUGUCUUCAGUAAUUACUACUUUAUGCGUCUGUAGCGUAUCCAUGCAAAUUAUUUUUUCAUAUUUGAAUAAACUUAUACGCACG